AUGUCAUCGUCACCAGCAUUCCAGCUCUUCACCUCCCUCCUCUAUGAUCCUCUUCUCCUCACUUCUUCCGAGAACUCGCGCCAAGAUCUAAACUUCAUGACCCCAUCGCCCUUCUACAUGCUCGCCUACCACCGGGACCGCAUGGUUGAAGCAGCACAGCACUUCGACUUCGACCUUGUAACCUCGGCCCUAGCUGAUGGCCCUGCUUUACACAAAGAGCUGUCAAACAGGGUCAAGGAGUGGCAGGCAGAAGAGGGAAAGGGGGACGGGCCAUUAAAGCUACGCAUCCUCUUCGACAAGUCAGCGAACAUGACCGUGGACUUCUUGCCCCUUCCCGCUGUACCGUUAUCGACUCUCUACCCGGCAUCUUUCGAUCCGCCUCACUCAGCUCCGCAGCUGCAUCCAGCUCAAAAGAAAAAAGAGUCCAAGCCCUCGCCCCUGACAGGCGGCGCACUCACCCUCGGCUCCGGCGACGUCCUCCCAGCGGGGAACCAAACCCCAAACUACCAUCCAGCGUCAGCCUCCCAAUCGAAGAACACUCCACACACCCCCCCGCCCACAGAAUGGCGCCUCAGACUCGACACCUCUCCAACGCCCUCAUCCCCCUACACACUCCUCAAGACCACGGAGCGGGGGGUGUACGACGCGAGUCGGUCCCGCGCUCUGCCAGACAACCAGGCCAGCGCGGUGCAUAGAGAGGUCAUACUCUACAAUGAAGUCAACGAAGUAACAGAAGGCACCCUAACAUCCUUGUACUUCUUCCGCGGCGGGCGCUGGGUAACGCCCCCCGUCGGCGUACCCUCCGCAUUCAAGCUCAGCAGUGCGAGCAGCGCGAGCAAUCCGAUGAAUCAAGGCUCGGAGGAAGGUCAGGGCCAGCAAGACGAGGGCGAGUUAAGGAAGCCGUUCGCUGGGCGCUGGGGGCAUAGUGUUAGGAGUGCGAAGGUCGGGGCCGGCGGGCAGAGGGGAACGAGCAGGCGGUGGGCGCUGGGGAAGGGGUUUUGUAUGGAGGAGCCGAUCGAUGUUGGGACGGUUGAAGUUGGGGAGGGGGUAUGG